AUGGCGGCAGUGAGCCCCUACAACGGUGCUAGUGGUGACCCCCUGUGUUCCCCCGUCUCUCCCUACUCCUCAGGACCAGCCAGCUUCUCCAGCGACUACGGCAGUUGCGAAGGCUACCUCGUCCUCACCUUCAGCAAGUCCAACAAGUCCGAGCCCAAACCGUCCGUGACUGCUGCCUCCGACGUCGACACAGUGAAAGAUGAGUGUGCGUUGUUGCUAUGGUUCCUGCACCUCGAUCACCUGAGUCCACCACCUGAUACCCCGACAAGUGUAAGCAACGUCCCCCCCAUAAACACCUACCUGCUGCACAGAAAAUAUCUAGCACAUUCCACGCCGGCCCUCCCCUCUCCCUUCUACCCUCUGUAUCGAUCGAUUGGGGUCACGUUCCUCGCUGUGGUUGGACCGCCCGAUUUGGAAUACAAGGUCUCUUCCAACAUUCUCAACCAGCCAACUGAUAAUACAAAUCAGAAUGGCCAAAUCCAGCCACGUGAUGUCACGGCUCCGCUAUCUGUCAUCCCCACCACCUCGCCUCACAGACCAGCUCGCAUUUCCCGUCUUGCCGCGAUGGCAGCAGGCGUGGACGUCUCGCAGCUCACGUCGGUAAGCAUUGGUCCGGCGUCCGCCGCUGCGUCAGCCGCCUCCUCUGCCGGCUCCUGUUCCUCCUCCGCUGUGUCGUUGUCGUCGUCGUCCAGCGUCCACACCCUCUCCUGCGACUACGUGCGACGCUUCACGUACCCGGACGGCGACACCCACUACGACUGGCUCUCCUGUCCGCUCACCGAGAUGCAAGGCAAAGGCGACAACGCCGCGCGCCCCACCUCCACCAAGCCCAUCUCCCUGGCCGCGGUCCCGCGGAAGCCCUUCCUCGUCUACGACAGCUCCCUCCCCAGCUCCUCGACUUCAGCCUCGCGCAGACCACGCUUCCUCACGUCGGCGUCUCCGUCCGCCUCUGCGUCGGCGUGUUCGUCGUCGUCGACUAGGCGUCAUCUCACCUCGCGCAAGAUGCUGCGUUGUGAGGAGUGUGGCAAGUACUACGGCAACGAGUACAGCCUCCACCACCACAUCUGCCUUCGACGCAAGGAUGUCUGGAAGAAGGGCGAUGUUCCCACCGAACUCGUCGACGGCCAACUGACCUACUUCUGUCCGGUGUGCAGUAAACCCUUCAAGUGGCUCGGCAACCUCACCAGGCACUACUACGUGCACACUGGACAGCGCUUCUUCAAAUGUGAUAUCUGCCACAAGGAGUUCUUCUCCGCCUACCAGGUGCGACGCCACAUGAACUCGCACACGGGUGUGCGUUUCCAGUGCACGGUGUGCGACAAGCCCUUCACCUGCAAGUACGCCUGCGCCUGGCACGCGAGACAGCACCUGAAGGAACAGCAGCAGGCCUAG